AUGACAGAGGGUGCUUCUUUGCAGGAACAGCUGUUGGACGCUGCAAGACGCAACAACAUAGACCUUUUGGAGACUAUUUUUGAAGAGCUGGGCUCUGACGAAACCAAGAUCGCAGAACUGAUUAACUCGUCGUGUGACCCAAUGGGCAAUUCAAGCAUUCACCUGUGUUGCCAGUACGGAUCCUGGGAAGUCCUGGAUAGGAUUCUGGACCAGGAAGGCGGUAUCGAGAUUGAUUCCCGGAACAAGAUUGACGGAGACACCCCACUCCAUGCAGCAGUCCGGUACGCCUUGACAGAGCCCGAACACGGCAUUUUCAUUGCACAAAACCUUGUGGAGGUCGGUGCUGACCCUAGGCUUCUAAACAAGGCAGGCCAGAAACCACUAGAUCUCGUGCACGGUCCAGAGCUUGAUUCACUCAUCGAUUUGCUCCAAGGCGCCGAGCUUGCAGCCGAGAAUCAAGGCGUAGUCAAUGAGGAGGACGCAGAACUGAUAGACGAUGGGCCUGAAGAUUAG